AUGACCGCCCAGAUCCUCACCCAUGAGCUCACGUCACUGCUGGCAGAGGCAAGGAAGCGCAGUGGUGACCUGAGAUCUGCGACCGAGAAGUCACUAGCGGAGCUCAAGAUCCUAUCGUCAAGUCCGGAGAACGAAGUCGCACGAGAACUCUCGCGGAAGCCGUCGUUCCCGUCGCCAUUCAUAUUGGCAUGCGCUUCCAAACAUCCCCGGAUAACUGCCAUGGGCAUAAGCUGUCUACAACGCUUAAUCGUAGCAAAAGCCCUCGCUCAGUCAAGGUUAAGAGAAGUCUUGGAUGCAUUCAGAGAUGCUGUAUCUCUUGGCCCUGAUAUCCAGCUUAAGAUCCUCCAAGCUCUUCCGUCGUUAUUACAAAACUAUGCUUCCAACAUCAAGGGGAAAUAUCUGGAGGAUACGUUGGCGAUAUGUUCGAGUUUACAAGGAACCAAGGUCGCCGUCGUGAAUAGCACAGCUGCCGCUACUUUACAGCAACUUAUAACAUCAGUAUUUGAUAAAGUGGCCGCCGAAGAUGAUAAGGCACCUGAAAUUCCGACUUCGGAAGGCGUCUCAGUAGACGGCGAGAUAAUAUCGCUGCGCCCGGCUGCUGCGGAUGCAUAUAGAGUAUUCCAAGAUCUCUGUCUACAGACCGAAGGACAAAAACCUCAGCAUGUUCAGUUUACACAGAUUCCCCAACCGUUCGGACUCGAACUCAUCGAGUCCGUAUUAGCCAAUCACUUCGAAAUAUUUCUCUCCCAUAAGGAGCAAGCGCACAUCGUUCGCGCUCGAGUCGCCCCAUUCGUCAUUAGGUCUCUCUCAAACCGCACAAACUUCCCAAUCGCCGUACGUGUAAUUCGAAUAUUCUAUGUUCUCUUACGACGUCAUCUUUCAAUAUUAGAAUCGGAAUGUGAAGUAGCGCUGGGACUUCUUAUGCAUAUGCUGGAUCCAGAUGCUGGGCCAGGAUGGAAACGGGCCCUUUGUAUGGAAAUUGUUAGAGGGCUUUUCGCAGAAGCAUCGUUGCUGAGAAGGCUAUACUCAGUAUACGACGCUCGAGAAGAAAAGAAGCCCGUUUUGAGGGAACUAACGGCGAUGCUUGCUCGCCUGGCGAAAGAAAAACCAAGCAUUAUUGGAUUGGGAACGCAAUCAUCGAUUCCACUGGAUCAAAAUGCCCUUCGGAAUAUGUCCAAUGAACAAUUAGCGCUCGAAGCCGGAGGUGUCGCUGGAAUUAUUGGUGGUGUUUCCGGGAUUAGUGAUUCUGCAGUACCGGGCCUGAGUCUUCAAUGGAGCUCAGUACGGGUCCCAUGCAUAGAACAACUUGACAAAACGGAACCGCCUGCCACGCCAGAAUCGUACCUUUACGCCUUGGUUCUAAGUUGCAUAAAUAGCUUUUCAGAGGGAUUGGCAAAAUUCAUACUCCCGCUAGCGACAGCAUCUUCAGAUACCAAAGGUUCCAAGAAACGCAGGCUCAAAGCAUCAGUGCAGGCCCAGACCGCCAACGACAGCGAUGCCACAAGUGGGGGUGAGAACCAAGAAAAGAAGACACCGCCGAAUAGUCUAUCUAGGAAGAGUUCGACAAUGAAGAGGCGGUUCAAGGGAAUACUCAAUCCGCUAACCCUUGAGGACCACCCACUCCAAGCUGAUAUACAGACAUGCGCAUCCAUCGUAGACACCUGCUGGCCCGCGGUUUUGGCGCUCUAUUCGACAUAUCUAUACGCCACGCUUGAUAAUGAUUACUACCAUAGCUUGGUCAGGUCUCUACAAAAGUUUACGCAAGUUGCAGGUGUAUUAGACCUUUCAACUCCCAGGGAUGCUUUCCUUACAACUCUUGGGAAGGCAGCGGUACCUCCGCAGGUGCUGUCCUCCCAUAUCGCCUACUCAGGUUUCCACGAAGCUUCUUCAGGGAGAGAAACACCAACAUCUGUCCCAACAAAUUUAACAGUACCGGGAGCCGAAUCUAAACCUCUCGCACUGAAUGUUCGAAAUCUAGUGUGCUUGCGGGCUUUAUUGAACAUCGGAACGGCUUUAGGGACUACUCUCAAAGACUCCUGGACAAUAGUUCUCGAAGCCCUGCAGCAGACUGACUAUAUUUUACAGUCUACAUACCGUGCAAAUACCAAGUCAUCGUCACAAUCCGUUAAGUCUAUGGACUCACAAAGAUCUGCAAACGACGGCCAGGCCAUAUUAGCAAAUGUAGGACCCGAGAUCGCAGCAGUCGAGGGGACUUCGCAGAAGCUAUUUGAAAGCACAAGAGAAUUCAACAACGAAGCAUUCCGCUCGUUCCUGCGUGCAUUGUGCGACUUGCUAGAUCUUGAUGAAUUGGAAGCACCACCCACGCCUAUUGCAGAAACCGCCCAGGCUAAACGCAUACGUGGCGCCAUGCCGGUUUUACCAGGUCAUAAACCACCUGGAUUUGGGCACCGCCGAAUCAGUAGUAUCGGAAGCCGGCGCAAGUCUUCAUCUGCUAUGGCUAUUGAUAACACUUUUGCAAUAUCUAAACUUGGGGAGUUGGUCCAGGUUAACAUCGAGCGAUUGAUAACGGACGAUCCUGAAGAUAAUGGGUGGGAUACAAUUCAGCACUAUCUACUCCUUGCAUCAACAUCAAAAGGAAUUGAAGGAGCAAUUAGGCUGAAGGCUUCGGAGAUCUUACAUGAGUUUGUUAUACUAUCUGCAAGGACGCUACAUUCAGACUCUCCUGGUGCUAUAGACAUUCAGGAGCGGAUUUUGGGUUCACUUUUGAAAGAACUCCGAGGCCUUGAAGACGGAAACCAGGCUGGUGCGGAUACACAUAGCAAUACUGUCAAACUAGUCGACGCGGAUAUCCACAAGUCGGCGUUGGAAGCUCUAACGACAAUGCUUGAACAAUCCGGGGAGACUCUAAAGUCUGGCUGGGAUAUCCUCUUCAGUAUUAUGAAUACCGCGUUCAAGGCACCCGUUGAAGGGAAGGCAUUUAGACCAGCUGGAAAGUCUAUACGCUUGCUCAAGACCUCGUUUGCUUCCUUGCAGCUUAUAUGUACUGAUUUUCUGGGGCUCUUGCCCAUCGACUGUGUCUUGGUCCUUAUCGAUACUCUCUAUUCAUUCUGUGCACAGGUGGAUGACUUGAAUAUCUCAUUAACAACGAUUACCUAUUUUUGGAAUAUUUCCGACUUCCUCCAAGGCCAAAAGUCUGACAAUGAAAGCGAACACGAUUUCCCGAAUACCGAUAAAGAACUUCUUGCCGCCGUUCGUUCACAAGGCUCGAGUACUAGCAUGGUUUUAUGGCUCAUCUUGCUCCUUAGACUCGCCGAGAUAACUAAAGACCCCCGGUCAGAGGUUCGAAACGGCUCGAUUCAAACAUUAUUUCGCAUCUUCGACUCGUACGGCCACAUACUCGGUCCCAAAGCAUGGAGCUCCUGUUUAAAUAUCGUCGUGUUCAAGAUGAUGUCGACUACAGAAACCCUCCUUCAAGAGGGACGUUUACCCGCACCGGAGAGGAAACAAUGGGAUGAGACUGUUGUUCUUAUUCUUAAGGGAACAAGUAAUCUCUACUCCAACUUCUUGAACGUAUUCCAGAUGCUAUCGAGCUUCGAGGCGAUCUGGAGUACGUAUAUCAAGUACCUACGCCAUUUACUGGACUGGCGGAGUUUCGAAGUCACCAAGACUGUAUAUAGGGAGCUCGCAAGACUACUCGAAAAAGCCACUAUAUCAGAAGAAAUUGCCGUGGGGUCGAAACGAGAAGCAUGGGAUUUGUGGGCAAAACAGGGUAGAGGUUUAGUCGAAGAGAUCGAAGAAGGGGGCCAGAACAACUCACAGGAGACCCUAACGGCGUUUAUAAAUGCAUUUAGGCCAUUAUAUAAACUUAUGGGAUCAAUUACCUCAACCGCGGAUAUUGAACAGGCACUCGGCGUCUUUAGGGAUUGCAUGCUAUACCCCGAGUUACCGGCUUACUUCUUCGACGUUGAAACGUUAAGUGCGUUACAAACUUCAAUACUUGAUUCGAUUAAGACGAUAAAUACGGAUUCGACAGACUGGACAUCACUGGUUUUGAAAGAACUCGCCUUCCUAAGCAGGUUACCAUACAAAGCAGCCUCCAACAGUGAUACGAAAACCCGGAAGCCAUCAUACGUUGCUGUUUCUUCUACGAUUAUCUCAACCCUAGCAAAUCUAUCCCUUAAGCACGCUGGCUCGGGUCCGGAUAUUUACGACAGUGGCGCCGUAUCCGCGGUUCUCCAGGGUCUUGGUGAAUCUAUCCAAUUAAAAUACAAAUUUUACCCAGGAGCAACGACAAAGAAAGAGGCAUUAUGGAUUCAAGCUACCAAAGUCUCACUCACGAUUCUCAAGGAUUUGAUACCUAUUCUUGAUACUAUGGAGCUUAACGACGAUAUCAGGGUCAGGAUAUGGGAAGACAUUGUUGAUGUUACAUGUGCUAUUGUCACUGCGGACUGCGAUGACGAAGAUGUUGAUGUUGUGCUUAAGGACGAGAAAUUUGAUAUUACGGCUUUCGAACAAGCCAGGGAUUUGAUUAUUCCGAGACUAGGCAGGGGGUUUGUGCCGUUUCAUGUGAAGGAACGUUAUGUGAAAAGUGUGUUUAAUGCGUCGUUGUUAUAUAAGGUUUUGGAUGGGGAGUUGGAUAUUAGUUUCAAGGAUGGUGGAAGCUAUGGUGGAGGGAAAGAGAUGUUGUUCGGGUGUACCAGUGAUCUAGUGCUGGAGAGACGGGCGAGAGUGGGUUACAAAUGUUUGGAUGAGCUGUUUGAGCUUUGCGGGGAGAGGGAAGGCGAAGAGUGGGUUAGUUUGGCGGGGGUGGCGAUACCGUGGAUGUUGGUUAGGGUGUCUGUCGUGCUGAGGAGAUUUGCGGCGGAUCAACCACUUCGAGGAAGAACGCCGCAGCCAAGAUGUCAGAGGAAGGAGAUCGUUUACAUCAUGGACAAGUUUACGAAGCUACGGUGUGCGAGGUUUGAAGGCGAGGAGGCCCAGGCGGUUACCCCUCCGGCGGCUGUAGAAAGGACGAAACGACACUUGUUGGUUAUGUUCCCGUAUAUUUCGCAGGCGGUUAGGGUUGCUCAUGGGGACGGUCAGCUGUUGGUGCUUUUAACGAAUGCACUGGAUGAGAUUGGCAGGAUGCAUUAG